AUGAACGACAAGGCAUCCGUUUCCAAAGAGCUCAAUGCCAAACAUUCAAGGAUAUUGGAGGGUCUCUUUAAGCUGCCUGAGAAUAGGGAAUGUGCAGAUUGCCAGAGCAAGGCUCCACGAUGGGCAAGUAUCAACCUCGGAAUUUUUAUUUGCAUGCAAUGUUCAGGAAUUCAUCGGAGUCUUGGAGUACAUAUAUCAAAGGUGAGGUCUACAACUCUAGAUACAUGGCUACCAGAGCAGGUUGCUUUCAUGCAAUCCACGAGUAACGAGAAGUCCAAUAGUUACUGGGAAGCAGAACUUCCGCCGAAUUUUGACAGAAACCCAAUUGAAAAAUUUAUUCAUUCCAAGUACGUGGACAAAAAAUGGGCUUCUAAAACUACCGUAAAACCAAUGCCUAUAGUAGGCCAAAAGGGUUAUAGUCCUGAAAGAUCUGUAGGUGUGUCCAGAAGUGGAAUUCCAAAGAAAGCAAGAAAAUAUUCUCUGGAGGAAGAAGCUUUUAGCAAUAACAUGCCACAUUUUGCUUCUACAACAAGAGCUCGUGGGGGUUCAUUGGAUUUGAUGAAUGACAACAUUUUAGUUCCACCAAAGGCGACCAUUUCCGAACAAAUCUGCUCUAUGUUUCGGAUGCACAACAGGAUCGCACUGUUGUACCUCCAUCACGCUGGGCUACUUUCGAUUGAGCCAAUGCAUUCAAUAGAGGAAGAGAUGUAUUUGAUCGCUAAGAACUUCUGUACUGAGAAUUUUCAGUUGGUGAGAAAACAAUGGGAAGGAUGGUACUCAUGUAAAAGGUUCUUGAUCGACCAACACAUUUGUGAUCUUACCGGCAUCCAUUUACAAAUACCAGUCUAUCUGUGA